GCUGCUAUCUACUUGCAUUAUUGUACUCAAAUUCAUCAACUGCAAUAAUGGCACAGCUAAACAACCUGGGGUCAUGGUGGUGGGAAGCGAUGAGCAGCAACAAACACGAGCUUACUCUGGCCAUUUCAACAUUAAUCUUGACUGGUUUGUGGUACAUAUGGAAAUUUUCAAUGUCCUCCAAUGGUGGGCCACCAUUGCCACCAGGUCCGCGUUCCUUGCCAAUUGUAGGCUACCUUCCCUUUCUUGGGCGUGAUCUACACAAACAGUUCGCCAACAUGUCUCACAGUUAUGGUCCCAUUUUCAAGUUCCACAUCGGAGGCAGACUCCAUGUAGUGAUAAACACCCCUGACUUAGCAAAGGUAGUGGUUCGUGAGAAAGAUGAGAUCUUUGCGAACCGUAAUCCAUCAAUAGCUGCCUUAGCCAUCUCUUACGGGGGACAAGAUAUUGUAUGGUCAGACAACAAUUCAGAUUGGCGCAACCUUCGUAAGAUAUUUGUCCAUGAGGUUCUAAGCAACAAGAAUCUUGAAGCAUCCAGCUGUUUCCGAAGAGAUGAAGUGAGGAAAACUAUAAAAAAUGUUUUUAGUAAAAUCAGGACAUCAAUCAACAUUAGUGAGAUUGCUUUCUCCACAGAGGCUAGCGUUCUAACGAGCAUGGUUUGGGGAAACACUUCAGCCCAAAAGAUAAAAGGUAGCAAUUUUGGAUCAGAGUUGCAGAUGAUUUCGUCGAAUAUUGUUGAGCUCAUGGGACAGGCGAAUGUUUCUGAUAUAUUCCCAAGUCUUGCAUGGCUUGAUCUACAAGGGGUGGAGCGAAAGGUGAAGAGAGAACUUCAUCAGUUGGAUCAAAUUUUUACAAGAAUUAUUGACGAUCGAAUAGAAUCUAACUCUAAAAAAUCAAAGGAGGCGGUUGGGCAUGAAGGAAAGAAAGAUCUUUUACAGAUCUUACUGGAGCUCAUGGACCAAAAAGAUGCUGUAUCAAUUAAUCUCACCCAACUGAAGGCACUUAUCCAGAACAUUAUGGUUGCAGGAACAGAAACAACGACAACGCUGAUAGAAUGGGCAAUGGCAGAGAUAAUGCAAAAUCAUAACAUAAUGAAAAGGGUUCAAGAAGAAUUAGAAGAAAUUGUAGGACUUGACAACAUUGUCGAAGAAUCUCAUCUCCCAAAACUACAAUACCUAGAUGCAACUAUUAAGGAAACAUUCAGGUUGCACCCAGUAGUCCCUCUCAUACUCCCACGAUCACCAAGCCAGGAUUGCAUGGUAAGCGGAUACACCAUUCCAAAGGGUUGUACAGUGUUUCUUAAUGUUUGGGCCAUCCAUCGGGAUCCUCGGUAUUGGGACAAUCCAUUGGAAUUUAACCCAGAGAGGUUCUUGGCAAACAAAUGUGAUUUCAUAGGAAGCAAUUUAAACUUUUUCCCAUUUGGAUCAGGAAGAAGAUCGUGUCCAGGUGUUCCAUUAGCCGAGAAAAUGCAGAUGUUUAUCUUGGCAUCGCUCUUACAUUCAUUUGAAUGGAAACUGCCAGAGGGUGAAGUGCAUGAUCUGUCUGAAAAAUUUGGAAUUACACUAAAGAAAAGAGAACCACUCAUAGCUGUCCCGUCGCCAAGGUUACCAAAUGAGAGCCUUUAUAUGUGAUCUUGGAGGUUAAAAGUUAAAACUAUCAGUUUGAAUUCUGCUCAUGGAUGAGUUGUUAUUUCAUGUAUGGUUCUUUUAGAAAAGAGCAUAUUUAUAUGUAUUGUUAUGUUGAUCGAAUGAAUUUCUAGU